CCUCCCCGGAGCGGCGGCAGGAGGACGGGAGGGAAGGACGCGCUGACAGAGCAGGCAGCAGCCAGCACGCCGUUCGAAGAUGUCGGGUCAGACGCUGACAGAUCGCAUCGCAGCUGCUCAGUACAGCGUUACGGGAUCGGCCGUAGCCAGAGCCGUCUGCAAAGCCACCACGCAUGAAGUGAUGGGGCCCAAGAAAAAGCACCUGGACUACUUGAUCCAAGCAACUAAUGAAACAAACGUGAAUAUCCCUCAGAUGGCUGAUACGCUUUUUGAGCGAGCAACGAAUAGUAGCUGGGUGGUCGUAUUUAAAGCCUUAGUCACCACACAUCAUCUAAUGGUCCAUGGCAAUGAGAGAUUUAUUCAGUACCUGGCCUCUAGAAACACAUUGUUCAAUCUCAGCAAUUUUCUGGACAAAAGUGGAUCUCAUGGUUAUGACAUGUCCACCUUUAUAAGGCGUUAUAGUAGAUACUUGAAUGAAAAAGCAUUUUCCUACAGACAAAUGGCAUUUGACUUUGCAAGAGUGAAGAAAGGAGCUGAAGGUGUAAUGAGAACAAUGGCUCCUGAAAAGCUGCUGAAGAGUAUGCCAAUAUUACAGGAACAAAUUGAUGCACUACUUGAAUUUGAUGUUCAUCCAAAUGAACUGACAAAUGGUGUCAUAAAUGCUGCAUUCAUGCUUCUCUUUAAAGAUCUCAUCAAACUUUUUGCUUGCUACAAUGAUGGGGUUAUUAACUUACUAGAGAAAUUUUUUGAAAUGAAAAAGGGACAAUGUAAAGAUGCUCUUGAAAUCUACAAACGAUUUCUAACUCGAAUGACCAGAGUAUCAGAGUUUCUUAAAGUUGCAGAGCAAGUUGGAAUUGACAAAGGUGAUAUCCCUGAUCUUACACAGGCUCCCAGCAGUCUCAUGGAGACCCUUGAGCAACAUCUAAACUCACUGGAAGGAAAAAAACCUGGCAACAAAUCUGGGGCUCCUUCUCCUCUGAGCAAGUCUUCUCCAGCCACGACUGUUACAUCUCCUAGUUCUACUCCAGCAAAAACUAUUGAUACAUCUCCUCCAGUUGAUCUUUUUGCAACUUCAUCUACAGCUGCUCCAGUCAGCUCUUCCAAACCAUCCAGUGAUCUUUUGGAUCUUCAGCCAGAUUUCGCUGGUACUGGGCAGGCAGCUCCAGCCCCUGCUCCUGCAGGCGCUGCUGCUGCUACUGCUGCUGCUGCUGCUGGAGGCACUUCAUGGGGAGAUUUAUUUGAGUCUGCUCCUGAUGCACCUGCAGCACCUAAACCAGAUGCUACUCCUAGCAUAGAUCUCUUUGGUACAGAUACAUUUUCAUCUCCACAACCUGGAGCUUCUCCUGUGCCUGAGAGUUCUCUCACUGGUGAUCUUUUAUCUGUGGAUGCAUUUGCAGCCCCCUCUCCUCUACCCACUGCCUCUCCAGCAAAGGUGGAUUCUUCAGGUGUGAUUGACCUAUUUGGUGAUGCUUUUGGAAGUAGUGCUUCUGAACCCCAGCCCACAACCCAGGCUGCUUCUAGUUCCUCAGCUUCUGCAGACCUACUUGCUGGCUUUGGGGGUUCUUUUAUUGCUCCCUCUCCAUCACCAUCCCCAGUUACUCCAGCUCAAACUGGAUUACUACAGCCUAACUUUGAUGCAGCUUUUGGGACAACAGCUCCAACAACUGGCAGUUCAUUUGAUGCAUCAGUGUUUGAUGGCUUAGGUGAUCUUCUUAUGCCAACUAUGGUUCCUUCUGGUCAACCUGUAGCACCUACAGCCACAGCAACAGUCCCUGCUGCAGCAGCAAGCAAAGGCCUUGGAAGUGAUCUUGAUUCAUCUCUUGCAAACUUAGUAGGCAAUCUUGGAAUUUCUGGUACUACUUCUAAAAAGGGAGACCUUCAGUGGAAUGCUGGAGAGAAAAAGUUAACAGGAGGAGCGAACUGGCAGCCAAAAGUAGCACCUGCAACAUGGUCAACUGGUGGUGUCCCAGGUGGUCCAUUGAAAGGCUGGGCAAUACUGUACAGUGCGGGAGCUGUGCCUCCAGCAAGUGCUGUUCCUGCCGCAGGAGGUACUCCACCUGUCCCACAGCCAGGAGCAGCAUUUGGGAUGCCCCCAGCAGGUGCAGGGGUGCCCAUGAUGCCCCAGCAGCCGGUGAUGUACGGGCAGCCGAUGAUGAGGCCCCCGUUUGGAGCCGCCACUGGCCCUGGUGUACAGCUGCGGUUUUUCUGACUGGAUGCUAAAAACGUGAGUUUGGAGUCUACAAAUGGAUGCUCAGAGUUUCUCAGUGAGCCACCAGUACCAAACCCAGUGCUUACUCAGACUUUCUCUUCCUCCUGAAACGUGUAGCACAGCUGUGAAAGUGAACAUUAGGAAUGUGUACUACCUUAGCUGUUAUCCCUACUCUCUCGAAAUUUGUGUACUUGGGUUAUUUGUGUUUUACAAUUUAAACAAUGGAUGUAUGUUUCUGAUGCCUUCUAGUGCUUUUCUGAACCUAUCCCACAGGGGCAGAUUAUGCAGCUGUUGUUUGGUGAGCCAUUUGGAGCAAUGUCUGUGGUUUUUGAAGGUUUCAAUGUAUAUAACUUUUUGAGGACACCCAAAGUUUCCCUAGGACUCAAUUUCUCCUUUAUCUGUUACAAAACAUAGUGUGAUAAUACCAGAUAGUAAAGAAAAUACUUAUGAAAUUGUGCAGAAUACUUUUUUUUUCCAGUCACAGGAAUCUCAAUUGUCGUGAAAAAAAAUGUUUUAUUUUUGUGGCACUGUAUAUGUUAAAAUAAUUUAAAGUAAUAUAAAGGAAAAUUUCCAUAACAAAUACUUUUCCAAUUAUUUACCAAGAAUGAAAAAUCAUAUCUGAAAAAAUACCAUAUUUAUUGCUGGUUUUAUUUUUAAACCUAUUUUAAUUGUUUAAUUUUUUGCAUUUGUAAUUGGCAUAUUUAUCAGUUCUUGCUAAAUGCACUGAAAAUAAGUAAAGGGUCAGUUUCUCUCCAUGUAGUUGGGAAAAAGCAACCAUAGUUGUGCUGGCAUCAAGGGAUUUCAAAUACGAGAGCACUUUUUGGUAUAUCUGUAGUCAAAACAUUACAAGUGAUGUUACUCAUCUCUGUUGAGUUCUUCCGUACAUCUCUUAAUUUAGUGCUUACCUGUGUAUGCCUUAGGAUAGUGUUUUCUCAUUGCCCCGAAUGCGCUGUGAGUAGCUUUUGUACUAUUGGUGAUUAGAUUUAAUUCUGAUCCAGAGAUCCAUGCCCUUUACUGUACAUACUGUGUUUCUUUAAUUUUUAUUUGUUCUCAUACUGUUUCUGCUGAUGGCUUGGUGUAAGAUCUUGACUCUUCAAUGAGGUCACUGUUGAUCAGUGUUACAAGUGGCUUGGCAGUUCUCUGUAAAAGCAUAUUGGGUUGGAAAGAUAUUCACCUAAAGUCUUUCAAAUGAACUAUUUAAUCAAUGUAUGGUACCAUUAAAAGUGGUUGUAUCUGAAUUUGCUGUGGGGAUAACAUACACUGUAAUGGGAAAGUUCUAUAAAAAGUUAAUUUCAAAAUGGCUUUUCUUUGUAUUUCAGUUAAAAAAUUCCCAAACAAAAACCCACAAAACAAAAAACCCCAGUGCAUGUGUGCCCUCUGAGAUGCAAUAAACACCUUGAUCAAAGUAA